UCGGGGUCCCGCGCAUCCGUCGAUCCCUGCUCGGGGCUCUCUGCAAGUCCUACCGCGCGCCGGGUACCCGAGACCCUGCUCUGGAUGGGAGCCCUACGCCCUCAGUCCUGGAGGCAGGGCCUCCCUGUGCCCACAAAUGCGCUCACCCCCUGCGUUCCUAUUUUUCAAAUUUGGGGGUACGAAGGAAUGAUGCCCACCAAAAGUGUUUCCGUGAGAACUAGCGGACGCAGCCAGGCCCCGCCUCCUGCGGUCUCUGAGCGCGCGGUCCCGACUUCGCCGGAUGUUGAUGGCGUCUCCUAGCAACGAGAGAUGGCGGAGCCGGAGGACCAGGCUGACGGGUCAAACCUGGAAGGCGAACAGACAUCUGCGGAAGAGGAGACAGAGCAGCAGUAUACUGAAGGCCAUGAGGUAUCACCACAGUUGGAAAACAAUGGCCAAAAAACUGCUGAGGGUAGAGAGCCCACCCAAGAUCCUGAAAGGGGCAUUACAACUGAUAGCGAAGGCAGAUUAGAAGGGGAAAUGGUGGAUGCUGAGAGAGUCAUCACUGAAGGAGAAGCCAUCUCUGAAGGAGAAGCGGGGUCCAUUGGAGAGGCUUUCCCAGAAACAGAAGUGGAAUCCAUUGGAGAGGCUCCCCCAGACACAGUAGUAGAAUUCAUUGGAGAGGCUCCCCCAGGAACAGAAGUGGAAUUCAUUGGAGAGACCACACCAGAAACACAGGCGGAACCCACUGGAGAGGCUACCCCAGGAGUGGAUGUGGAAACCAUCAGAAAGGCGGAACAAGAAGUUGAAGUCAGAGAAGCCAUCUCGGAAACUGAUGUGGACUCCAUUGUAAAAGCCAUCCAAGGAGUGGACUUAGAAUCCAUUGGAGCCACCAUACCACAAAAAAAAGUUAAAUACACUGCAAAGGCCAGACCCCGAGAUGAAGCGGAACCCACUGGAGAACCUGCCCCAGAAGGAGAUUUUGACGUUUCUGAACAAGAGAAAGCAGGCCAUCCCUCCGAGGUGGACGAGCUCUCUGAUAUAAUCAGCUCUCCUGCGUUCUCCUACUCUGAUGUCAGCCCCUGGGACAUGGGGGAAGAGGAGACAAAAGCCUUAACAACACAGGACGCAUCCCAGGAAAGCAUCUACGAGCCCGUAGAGCUCAUACAGCCCACAGAGCCCACAGAGCCUCCAGAGGACAGCGUGGUGAGACCCAUAGAGCCCUCCCGUCAAAGAUCCUUUCCUAUGGGGGCACGGCACCGCUUCAGACUGAGCAUUAUGGGAAGUUUGACUCCCUCGGACAUUGACGAUCUUCCCCUGGAAACAGAGGAAGCUCUUCAGCAAGAGUCAGUGCAGCCGCCUCCCAGAGCCCAUGAAGAAACCCGAAUACAGUUCCUAGACCAGGUCCAGACCCUCAGCCUCGAGGACGAGACCCAGAUCGAAAGAACAAUGUCUGAAGGGAGUGACGAAGCAGAGGAGGAAGGCUCCCAACUGAUGGUGCUAGACCCAGACCACCCCCUGAUGAUCAGAUUCCAGGAGGCUCUGAAGAGCUACCUCAACCGGCAGAUCGACAAGCUGAAGUUGGACAUCCAGGAACUGGAUGUGGCCACCAAGCAAACCCGAAUCCAGAGGCAGGAGCUGGGCGUGAACCUCUACGGGGUCCAGCAGCACCUGGCCCGCCUGCAGAUGCAGCUGGAGAAGAGCCAUGACCGACACUCUCUGGUCGCCUGCGAGCGGAGGAGGAAGGAGGAGGAGCUGCAGUGCAACCGCGCCCUCUACAACAAGACCUAUGCAACCGCCAAAGAGGAACGAAAGAAGUUUGCGGCCCUGCAGACCGAGAUGGAGAGCCUGGCCCUGCACCUCUUCUACAUGCAGAACAUAGACCAGGACGUGCGUGAUGACAUCCAAGUCAUGAAGCAGGUGGUGAGAAAGACCGAGACAGAGAAGAUGAACGCAGAGAUAGAGAAGCAAAAGCAGGACCUGUUCGUGGACCAGCUCACAGAAAAAGUGCACCAGCUGGAAGAGAACAUCGCCCUGUAUGAGGCUCAAUACUUGUCCCAGGCUGAGGACACCCGGGUUCUCAGGAAGGCGGUGACUGAGGCCAUCACAGAGAUUGACACUAUUAUCAUGGAGAAAAAGCGUAUCCUGCAGCAGUGGACCACCAGCCUAGUGGGCAUGAAGCACCGUAAUGAGGCGUACAGGACCGUGAUGGAUGCGCUGAGGGAGUGUGAGCAUCAGGUGAAGUCCAUAGACAGUGAGAUCGAGGCCUAUAAGAAGUCCAUCAUGCAGGAGGAAGAGAAGAACGAGAAGCUGGCCCGCCUCCUGAACCGCGCAGAGACAGAAGCCGCCCUGGUGCAGAAGAUGACCACCCAGUGCUUAAGCAAGCAAGAGACCCUGCAGACUGAGUUUAACACGUACCAGCUCGCCCUGCAGGACACCGAGGAGAUGCUGAACAAGGGCUAUGUGGAACACUCGGCCGUCUUGAGCGAACUCCAGGGCACCCGCCAGGCUGUCCAUCAGGAGCAGGAGCUACGACAAAAGAUGGACCUAUCCAUCAUGGACAAGCUGCAGGAGCACGGGACCUCCAGCAAGAUGACCAAGUACUUUCAUCAGCUCCUUCGCAAGCUGCAAAAGGAAAACACGAACCUGGUGACACACCUUUCAAAAAUUGAUGGUGACAUCGCCCAGGCCACCCUAGACAUCACCAACACCAACGCCAAGGUAGAGAUGCAUAAGAAGACACUGUUAGAUCUGGACAAGGAGGUAAUGAGGUUCAACGAGCUCAUCACCAACAGCGAGAGCGAGAUCGUCCGGCGCACCAUCCUCAUCGAGAGGAAGCAGAGCCUCAUCAACUUCUUCAACAAGCAGCUAGAGCAGAUGGUGUCCGUGCUGGGGGGGGAAGAAGCUGGACCCCUGGAACUGGAGAUCAAAAGGCUGUCGAAGCUGACAGAAGAGUACAACGCCGGAGUGACCCAGGCCCAGAUGACCUGGUUGCGAUUGCAGCAGGAACUGGUCCAGAUCACCCACCAGCGUGAGGAGCGGCUGGAGUCUGUGGACCAACUGAAGAAGGAGGUGCACGUCAUGGAGCAAAAGAAGCUUCGCAUAGAGAACAAGAUUGAGCAUGAGAAGAGGGAGCAAAAGAUGGUGAGCCGCCACAUGAGGGACUUAGACAACGACCUGAGCAAGCUCAAUAUGCUGUUGGACAAGAACCGGUGCAGUUCGGAACUGCUGGAGCAGAACAACGCUGUGGCCGAGACAGAGUUCGUGCGCACUCUGAAGGAUGCGGAAAGAGAGACCAUCCAAAUGCAGGAAAAGCUGUCCGAACUCUGUGAGGAAAAGGCCACUCUUCUCAACAGCCUAGUGGAGGCCGAACACCAGAUCAUGCUCUGGGAGAAAAAAAUCCAACUGGCCAAGGAGAUGCGCAGCUCGGUGGACUCCGAUACUGGGCAGACGGAGAUCCGCGCCAUGAAGGCGGAGAUCCACAGGAUGAGGGUUAAGCACGGACAGCUACUGAAGCAGCAGGAGAAGAUGAUCCGAGACAUGGAGCUGGCUGUGGCCCGCAGGGAGACCAUCGUCAUCCAGGCUGAAGGGCAGAGCAAGAUAGACAAGAAGAUAGUCACCAAGUCCGACUUCCACUUCCAGCAGAGCGAGCUGCGGAAGAAAAUCAGGGAGGUUCACAAGGCCACAGAGGAGUGCUCCAAAACCGUCUUGGAACUGGAGGAAGCUCAGAAGCUCCUGAGCAGCUCCCUCCAGGAAAAGCAGCAGUCGCUGUCGGAUAUGCAGAGUGACACAGACGUUCUUGAAGAGGAGAUCAGCCAUCUCUCGGCCCUCAAACGGAAGAACCUUUUGGAGAUCGUGGCCCUGCAGACCCGCGCCAAGCACCUGCAGGCCGCCGUUGAUGGGAAAUACGUGUUCUUGCACCGCAACAGCAAGGCCCAGCUUAUGGAGCGUAAGCGCCUGGCCAUGAAGCUGUCCCAGCUCAGCAGCGUCCUCGCCCGCGUGCAGGAAGAUUACCCCCAGUACCAGGAGAUGCUGCAGAAAAUUCAAGAGAAGAUUGCUACCAGGCUGGAGGCCCCAGAGCCCUCCUAGACAGCACCUGGCCCCACACCUACUAACCUGGCCCCACACUUACUAGGACUGCCUCGGAAGCAGACCCAGGAGGUCACCCCGGGUCCUGAAAAGCCACGUGCCCACUAGAACAGCACCCUGUCUAAGAAACAUGGGCGGGGGCCAGACACUCGAAUCGUAGCUUCUCUGCCCGCCGUUCACGCCAGGUGUAACUCGGCCACCCCGACCCCGACGCUUUGGCGAGCAUGCCCACAGAGGCAUCGCCUGGGUGUAAAAAUCCCACCCUUCCAUUGGACUUACCCAUUCAGGUGAGACCAUCCUGUUGGCAGUUCUAUGGUCUGCAUCGGGUGCCUUUCACUGUACUGGGACAGGCCCUUGUAGAGCAAGGCGCCCAAGGAAGCCAGGCACAAGGGAGCCAGGUGCAAGAUAGACUGUUUCAGCCCUGGGAAGCCUGCUCCGGCCAGUCUGAAGCCCAGAAGAUACCCUCAUUCUCUACCCCACAGAAAGCUCAGCCGUCUCCUGCCCCCGCCUCCCAGGAAGCAUUAAAUUUAGACUGAAAGCCAAAGACCAAAGCCAAGGGCCCCAGGAGUCCAAGGACGACAGCAAAUGUCUAUGGAGCAGAAACUGCUUCAAUAAAGGGGCACCUGUUUCUCUUCCACCAACCUCGGACCUCUCUCUCCUUCAACUCCGCCUCCCCUCCCCUGGGGACUCCUAGGUACCAGUUGCCUUUUUGCUGGUAUAGAUGUGAAAUGGAAAACGUCCCGUGGGAUAGUUUCAGUCUUAAACUUCACAGAAGAAAAAAUAAAGUUUACAAAAGCUGUUUCUGGUCAAAA